GGCGCGGGUAGGUGCGGGGCCGGGCCGGGCCGGGCGGGACCGGCCGCACCAGGGCGAGCGGCUGCCGGGCGUCCUCCGGAGGAGGGGGCGGCACAGCCCCGGCAGAGCCCCGAGCAGGGCCCGGCUCCUCCGGCUCCUCCCCGAGCCCUGCCCUGCCCGGCUGCCCCGGGAGGAGGCGGGUCCCGGCGCCGCUGAGCGCCUCUUCCGCGGCGGGGAGCGGGCCGCGCUGCUUCCUGGUUCGCUGUGGCACCAUCAUGUCUCGGAGCCCCCCUGGCAGCUCUGUGGAUGACAAGACCUUUCUCCUGGAGUACCGAUGCCACCCAGUGCGGCCAGAGCCCCUCAGCCCGACCGACCUCCCUGGGAAGCGCAGCUCCGCCACAGUGCCCGAUGCUGCCUCGCUGUCGGCACUGGGCUCUCCCACCUCGGCCGAGCCCCGCCGCAUCAUCCUCAGCACGGACAGCCCGGCUGCCCUGAAGAUGGGAACCCAGCAGUUGAUCCCCAAAAGCUUGGCUGUUUCCACCAAGACCAAGAACAGCCCCUCCCGGCCCCAGAGCUUUGGGGCAGCUGGCUCGAGCCGGGAGCCCCUGAGUCCCAACCCGAAGCGGGCGUCCAUCCCCAGCUUCUCCCUGGAGGUGGAGGAGGAGGAUGACGAUGUGGGGGCCAUCAAGCGCAACCUGAGGAACUCGUCCUACCGCGCGGCCAUGAAGGGCCUGGAUGCGGAGCCGGAGCCAGUGAACACCGUCCCCUUGCUGAAACCCGCGUCGGAGGAGGGCAGCGCCCUGCCUACUCGCAGCCCUGUCAGGAACAAGAGAACCUUUGGGCGGAAGCGGGUGCAGAAGCGUGGUGGCUCCUUCAAGGACCAGCCCCGGCUGUAUCAGGAAAUCCGUGAGAGAGGUCUGAACUCUGUCAGCCAUGAGUCAGAUGAGGAUUUGCUGGAUGAAUCCAUCCCAGAAGAGCCGUCCCCUCUGGGUGCCACUAUCGUGGUGCAGAGGUAUCGCCCGGCGCAGGUGACCUGGAGCCAGCUCCCAGAGGUGCUGGAGGCCGGGCUGCUGCAGAAGAUCAGCCCCGAGGAGCGCAAGCGGCAGGAGGCGAUGUUUGAGAUCAUCACGUCUGAGUACUCCUACAUGCACAGCCUGAGCAUCCUGGUACACCGCUUCAUGAGGUCGGAGGAGCUGAAGGAGACCAUGACUCAGACAGAGCACCACCACCUCUUCUCCAACAUCAACGACAUCCUGACGGUCAGCACGAGCUUCUUUGAAGACUUAGAGAAGCGGCACCAGGAAAACCUCCUAAUUCCUGACAUCAGCGACAUAGUGGAAGAACACGCCUCGAACCACUUCAGCCCUUAUAUCAGCUACUGCUCCAAUGAAGUCUACCAGCAGAGGACACUUCAGAAGCUGCUAGCCACAAACCCCUUAUUUAAAGAGACCUUGAAACAAAUUGAAAGAAAACCAGAAUGUGGAGGCCUGCCAGUGAUAUCAUUUCUCAUUCUCCCUAUGCAGAGAGUAACACGGCUUCCUCUGCUCUUAGAUACUGUCUGUCAAAAAACAAAAGCAUGCACUGCAGCGUACGGAGCUGCCACCAGAGCUCUGAAAGCCAUCAGCAAGCUGGUUAAGAACUGCAAUGAGGGAGCUCGUACUAUGGAGAGGAUGGAGCAGAUGUACACCCUGCAGCAGCAGCUGGAAUUUGGAAAGAAGAAGCCUUUACCCCUGAUUUCUGCUUCCCGGUGGCUGCUGAAGCGGGGGGAGCUGUACCUGCUGCUGUCGGAGGAGGCGGGCAUCUUCCGCCGAGGCACCGGCAGGCUCUGCUAUGUCUUCUUGUUCAACGACGUCCUGAUCGUAACCAAGAAGAAGAGUGAGGAGAGCUACGCCGUCAUGAACUAUGCCACGCUGGACCAGAUCACGGUGGAGAAGAUCGAGAGCGGGGACCCACCUUCCCCUCCUCCCAGCAAGACCGGGAGCAGCGGCACGGCUCGCGGCGCGGCUGGGGGGCACCUGCUCCGGGUGGUGAUGGAGAAGGACAGCGAGGGCAGGCGGGAGGAGAUCGUGCUGUCGGCAGAGACGCUGAGCGACCGGGCCCGGUGGAUCACCGCGCUGAUGCACAGAGAGAGGGAAAAGCCUGACACCACUCCUAAAGGAGAUCUGAGCCAAGUGGAGAUAACCCAUGCCUACCUGGCUAAAGAGGCGGAUGAGAUUUCCCUGCAGCAGGCUGACGUCGUGCUGGUGCUGGACGGAGAGGACGGCUGGUACUGGGGUGAGAGGCUGAGGGACGGUGAACGGGGCUGGUUUCCCCAGUCCUGCACUCGGCAGAUCACCAGCCGCGCAGCAGUGGAGUGCAACGUCCGCCGGAUGGAGCGGCUGCGGAUAGAGACCGACGUGUAGGCUUACAGCCAAGGAACGACGCCUCUGUCGUGACUUAUUUCGGGGGUCUUCAAACCUCUGCAGACUGAGCCCAUGGCAAGAAGGGAGUGGGAGACCUUUUCUUCUUGCAUUUCACUUGUCUUGAGCAGUCACAGGUGGCAGAUCGUAUUGUUUGGGACCGGUCUUUGUAGCGGCCAUGACAGCAGCUAAUUAAUGUGAGACCUGGCAUCCGAGCGCUUCUGGCCAGCGCUGAUAUUAAUGACCUGGAACAGGCUUCAAGAGGCAGCCACGGUGCUGGCGUAAGGUGAAAAGGCUGCGGCUGCUGUUCUGGGCUCUGUGAAGCGGCUCGUGCUGCCAGCUCUCUCCCUGCUGAGGUCUGGGCUGUUGCCUGGUGGCGGCGGCUGCACGCCUUGCGUGGGAAGUCCCGGGGCUGGGGGAGAGCAUACCUGAAUCGAGAAUUUUUAGGAACUGAAAUCUAUAUGCUAGGCUUAUUCCUUGACCCAAUUUUUCCCUCUUCUUUUUUCUUUUUUUUCUUUUUUUUUCUUUCUUCUCCCCCUCCACCCUCCCACCCCCCAUUAUUCUUGGCUCUCUUGAACACAACUGUGACCUCGGCAGGGUGAGGUGGUGCCCACUGACUUUCGGUCACUUGCUAAACCAGCAGAUGCCGGAGGUGAUUCUCACGGAGUCAGCUUAGGGCCAGAAAGGGGACGCUCCAGCCAGGGGAAGUGAUUUGCAAGGCCCACCAGACAAGCAAGCCAGGAGCAGGAAGAAGAGCAGCAGUGCCGCAGCUCCGGGCUGCCUUUCCCGAGCGCUGAGGUGGGCAGCUGGACGUGCCCAGGCACAGCUGGAGGGGGACAGAGGCACCGAGGUCGGAACCUCAGCCUCCCCGAGGCAGGGCGCUCCCCUCUCCCCCAGAACUGGCACCGAGAAGCGAUGACCCAGGAGGGCCGCGGCAGGGUAGUUCUCUCGCCGUAGCUGAGCGCUUUGCGUCUGGGGUUUGCAGGAGCCCGAUGUUGAACGCCGUAGGGCCCUUGGGGCAGGGGCAGGAGCGGGGGCCGGGCGGCUCUGCCCGCUGGGCUGUGAUGCUCAGCCGGCUGCACCUUGCUGGGGGGAACCGGCAGCUGUGAUUUCUGGGUGAGGAACGCUCCCUGGUGUUGGAUUCACAGGGGCAGCGUGUUGUAAUGUGUCUGUUCUGAUCCAACUGUUAAAGGAUUAAUUGGAUUAACAAUAAAUUAAUGGAUCCCGAUGAAACACAUGUUCUCCUUGCCCAAAGUGGAACCCCAUGCAACGUCAGCAGCACCCAUGGGUUCCUGUGUUUCCCCUGUCAGAGGUGACGGGUGUCCCUGAACACGACAGCGCCGUGCCGACACCAAGGAGCCAAAUUUCCCCAUUACGAGCUCCAGAAAGCAAGCGUCCUUCUGCUUACACCAUCAUUCUGGCCUCUGCUCCUUCUCGACACACGCGCAUCUCGGGAACACCCCUUCAGAGGAGCUGACAAACUGCUGCCAGUUGCAGCACAUUCCGAGCGUCAGGGACUGAGAGAGACCAGAUAAACAGAAAUACAGCGAGGC